AUGACUAAGCUUCAAUCUGUUCUUGUGGUUGGGGGUUGUGGAUUUUUAGGGCACCACAUUGUUGACCAUCUCUUGGCACGAAAUGACGGUACAAAAGUAUCUGUCAUGAGUCGGUCCAACAAACAGCACCGUCGCUCAGGAGUACAGUACCUAGAAGGAAGCCUACUGGAUGAGAAGUCAAUCCAAUCAGUCUUUGAUGCCGCCAUGCCCCAUGUUGUCAUCAAUACGGUUGCUCCCAUCACCUUUCCUCUCAAAGGGUCGCCGGAGUCGCACUACAAGAUCAAUGUGGAAGGGACAAGCAACCUGCUCCGCGCGGCAACUGCUUGUGAGAGCACCGCGGCCUUUGUCUACACUUCUUCGGCACACAUCCUUAUCGCAACCGACUACAUCAUUGCCAAGGAAUCUGAUCCUGUGGACGAAAGCCCAGAUGGCCGCCGCUAUCCUACUUCCACAAAGGCAGUUGCAGACAAAAUCACUAGAGACUCGAGUAAUGAUCUGCCAAUAGAUGCAGGCGGUCUGCGUACUGCGACUAUCAGACCAUGUGCUACCUUUGGAGAGGACGACUCACAGCUUCUUCCUACUAUGCUCUCACAGCUGGAACAGAACCGCCAGAACUAUCAGAUUGGCCCCAACACUGCAUUCUACGACUUCGUCUAUGUCGGAAACGUCGCAGAAGCGCACAUCAAAGCAGCGGAAGCACUAGUACGAGAGGCAUCAAUUGAGGCAGAGAAGGGAAAGCAAGUCAGUGGAGAAUCAUUCUUCAUCACGAACGACGAUCCACGCCACUUUUACGACUUUAUGAAAGCAGUCUGGCAGGCUAAUGGAUACGAUAUUUCGAAAAUGAACCCAACAAUCGUACCGACUUCAAUCGCUCUCACAUUGGGCAGCGCGAGCGAUUUUGCAGCAUGGGCGUUCACCUUGGGCAACAAGUCAUCAGCAUACCUCUCGAAGGAAGACGUUGAGCACUUGUGUCUGAAUCGCACGCACGAUGUUUCCAAAGCCAGAGGGCUCUUGGGGUAUGUCCCGAUUGUCACGGUUGACGAAGGUAUCAGAAGGGCAGUCAAGAGUUUGUGUUAA